AUGGCGCCGCUUACUGCGCAAGGAUUUGCGACGAAAGCGACGCCGGUCUCCUUCUAUGGCAUGGAUCAAGCGAGGCAGGCGCAGAGCUCGCAUCCUCAGACGCCCAUGAGCAUACCUCGGCCCCUCAGCGCAGCCAGCUCACAUUCGCAAUAUCAGCUGCCGAACGGUGUUGCCGCAAUGCAGAGCCCUGGGGCACAGAGCGCCGGGACAGGGAGGGGCAGUACCAGAGGAUUAACUCCUCAACAAAUGCCGGCACAGGCACCAUCUCAGAUGCCGAUACAGCCACUGACACCGGGUAUUUCUGCCCUUGGAACCCCCAGCCCGGCCCUGCUUCCCCGUCUAGGUCAUCGACCUAGCACUAGCACGGCGGGUGGCGCAAUUCCAUCUGCGGAUGUUCGUGCAUUAGGCUCGUCGGGUGGCAUGGCGGAGGAGGUCGCGAGGGCAAGGGCUGAGAGGCUGACUUUGGAUCAGCAAGCUGCGGCGCAAACUAUGAGGGUGGCACAAUCGGCUUUCCGGGAAGGUGUGGCAAUGUUCCCGCCGGGCGCAGCUAUACUCAGGGUGCUACAGAUGGCUGAAGCGAUGGGAGCGGGUACUGAUACCCUGCACACGGACUUUUGGCGCGAUUUCACGGAAGAGUUCUACUUACCAAAUGGCUCGAUGCGUCUGAUCUUGCGCAAUUCGACAAAUGGGGACCAAAGGGGCUUGGAAGUCCCAAAUCCCGUCCUUCCCCGCUGGUUCAUGACGUCUUACCAUUCGGGUGUCCGAUCGGUGCAGUACACUUUGGGCAAUCCGCGUGAAUAUACGCGCGAAUCUCCCUGCAGCUCUUCAGGUCCAUGGUACCCGCCGCCUCCACGCAUGCCACCCAGCGUGCGUGUCGUCAACCUCUUUCCAUCGUCUGCCGUCACCCACAUCGUCGCAGCGGACAGUGCGACGCUGACGACGACGUUUCAAAAUGGCUGGCAGGUCCAAAUGACCGGCACACUUCGCAUCUCGUUGAUGCCUCACUCGCGCAUGUUGGUGCAUGAGGCGCCCGGCCAGAGACCGAAACUCGGCUUCGACACGCAACUACGUUUUGAGAGCUUGGACUUCAUUGGCCAAUCGCACACGAGCUACAUUUCGCGGGCUGCGAUUCAACGCAUGCCCGUUGCGCAUUCGAUCCCUUUAGAGACUGUGGCUGCGAUUGUAGCAUCACAUCGUCAAACCCAGCAUCAGGAAGGCAAAAAGGGGUCGCCUAUUGGCGCUAAGGUAGAAGAAGGCAGCGACCAAGCAGCAAGCGGGGAUGAAAAAGCUAAUGAAGACAUAGGCGGAUCGAAACCAACUAUCACUAUCGAGGAGCCAGUACUACCCGAAUGCCCCGUGAACGAGUAUGGCAUCACGUUGCGGUCGAUGCGAUGCCUCGAGAUCACGGAAUCUAUCUGCCAACUGCGCGAUCUUAUGGACUUGAGUCUGCAGGAGGGCAUCGGCCCGCUCGAGGCGAUGCAUAGAUUUGCAGUGCAGUAUCGCGAGUUGCAGCAAACUCGGAACAGCUCUGGUGCCGAGUCAGUGCAACACGCGCAGCCGCACUCACAGCCACAAGACCAUCAGCAACAGCCACCACCAUUAUCUUCCUCGACUUCAGAGUCGUCCAUCGGCCCCCGGAUAGGCAAUGGCACGGCCAACGGUGAGGUCAAUGGCAGCGGUGGAGAUAUGGGCGAUGAUGGUACCGCUAGCACUGCUUCUCAAGGACAGGGACGAGUCCAAGCUCAGUCUACUGGGCCGCCGAGCGCAGUAAGCUCACCAAGGGUUAGAAAGGCGAGUACUGCAGUAGCCGCGGGCACGAAACGAAAAAGUACAGGGGAAGACGAAGGUGGAGCGGAUCAAGCAGAAGAAGAGGGCCGACGUGUGGGAGGUUCAAGAGUCUCCCAAAGCCCGCGCCAAUCUGCAAAGUCCCCAGCGAAGAAGCAGAAGAGCGGCGCUGGGUGA